GUGAAUGUAAUCUUGCGGGGGAGCGGGGCCGCUCAGUUCCCGAUUCCGUCGGGGGUGUCCGCAGCUCGGGCUCCCGUAGGCUGCUAAGGAUGGGCAAGCCGAGCGGAUGCCGGGCCGGAGGUCCCGGGCCGCAGCUGCCACUGUUGUCGUUGCUGCUGCUGCUGCUGCUGCUGUCGCCGGCCCGGGCCUCCGGGGCCGCCCAGCCGCCCCAUGUGGUCUUCGUGCUGGCGGACGACCUGGGCUGGAACGACUUGGGUUUCCACGGCUCGGUCAUCCGCACGCCGCAUCUGGAUGCGCUGGCGGCCGGCGGCGUGGUCCUGGACAACUACUAUGUGCAGCCGCUGUGCACGCCCUCGCGGAGCCAGCUGCUCACCGGCCGCUAUCAGAUCCAUUUGGGCUUACAACAUUACCUCAUCAUGACCUGUCAGCCCAGCUGUGUUCCCCUAGAUGAAAAACUCCUGCCCCAGCUUUUAAAGGAAGCAGGCUAUGCUACGCAUAUGGUCGGAAAAUGGCACCUGGGAAUGUACCGGAAAGAAUGUCUGCCAACCCGCCGAGGAUUUGAUACCUACUUCGGAUACCUCCUAGGCAGUGAAGACUAUUACACCCACGAGGCUUGUGCACCGAUUGGGUCUUUGAACGGUACCCGCUGUGCACUUGAUUUACGAGAUAAUGAAGAACCUGCAACAGAAUAUAACAAUAUCUACUCAACAAACAUAUUUACCAAAAGGGCUACAACCCUCAUAGCUAACCACCCACCAGAGAAACCACUGUUCCUCUACCUUGCAUUCCAGUCGGUCCACGAUCCCCUGCAGGUCCCUGAGGAGUACAUGGAACCAUAUGACUUCAUCCAAGAUAAACACAGACGUAUUUUCGCAGGGAUGGUGUCCCUCAUGGAUGAAGCAGUGGGCAAUGUCACCAAAGCCUUAAAAAACCAUGGGCUCUGGAACAACACAGUCUUCAUCUUCUCCACAGACAAUGGUGGGCAGACUAGGUCUGGAGGCAACAACUGGCCACUUCGAGGAAGGAAAGGGACCCUGUGGGAAGGGGGCAUCCGAGGAGCAGGCUUCGUGGCAAGCCCCUUGCUGAAACAGAAAGGCGUGAAGAGCCGGGAACUCAUGCACGUCACCGACUGGCUUCCAACACUGGUGCAUCUGGCUAGGGGAAGCACCAAUGGAACCAAACCUCUGGAUGGCUUCAAUGUGUGGAAAACAAUCAGUGAAGGAAGCCCAUCCCCACGAGUGGAGCUGCUGCAUAACAUCGAUCAGGACUUUUUUGACGACUUACCAUGUCCUGGCAAGAACAUGACUCCAGUAAAGAACGAUUUUUUUCCUUUAGAACAUUCUGCCUUUAACACAUCUAUCCAUGCUGGGAUCAGAUACAAAAACUGGAAACUCCUCACGGGCCACCCAGGCUGUGGUUACUGGUUCCCACCUCCAUCUCAGUCUAACGUCUCUGAGAUACCUUCAGUGGACCCAUCAACCAAGACUCUCUGGCUCUUUGAUAUCAAUCGGGACCCUGAAGAAAGACACGAUGUGUCCCAGGAGCAUCCCCACAUCGUCCAGAACCUUCUUUCCCGCCUACAGUACUACCAUGAACAUUCUGUGCCUUCUUACUUCCCACCUUUGGACCCCCGCUGUGAUCCCAAGGGUACUGGUGUGUGGAGCCCCUGGAUGUAGGGCUCUGGGAGGCAGGGGCAGGAAGGGGCUGGAGCACAUGUCUGUUCAGGCUAGACCACAGGCCCCUACUCUCCUGGCUUCUCUUCUUUAUCAUCCCCCACCCUGUCACCUGGCCCUGUUGCUACAUAACCCACCAAAGGAGUCCAAUUUCAACCCACAGUACAUUUUGAAAGCCAGUAAAAUCUGGAAGGAUCCUGCUGUUGGCUGGAGUUAGUGUCUGGGGGCCAGUGUGGCUGGGUUCAUCCUGCUUCCUAAACUGCAGACGCUGGGAACUUGACAUAGGAAGUUAUCCCUGAGUCCUGGAGACCAGGGCAGCUGACUCUUUUUGCUUCACAAGUCAGCUGUUAGAACUCCCUCUGCUAAUAACCAGUUUUAUUGGCAAGGCACAUUUCUUGUAACAAAGGCAGGGAGCAGAUGCUUGCUAGUGGUUCUGUUGGCUGUGAGGGCUCCCUGUCUGAGAUCUUGUUCAGGCUUUCUGCAUCCGUGACUCGUCCACUCAGCCCUCGCUCACUCAUCUCCCCGUGGAGCAUACAGCCCAUUGCAGUAAGCCAGCAUGGAGGCAUGCCUGUGCCCUGAUUUUGGUUUCCCCAUAACUAAAUGUGUUUUUAUCCCCCCAUCUCCACCCGCUAUUACUCAUUCUGUCUAGACUUCUGCUACCCAGCUUGUGUGGCUCUAUUCCUGUCAUGCCUUUGGACUUCACUGUCCUGUGCCUGAGGUCUCUUUCCCCUCUGUGCCACCCAUUCUGAGCUUCAAGAUAGCCCUAAGCUCUGCCCAGAGGUGGACUGGUCAUUCCAUGUCCAUGCUAAUGGGAGUUGUGGGUCUGUGGCCUCUGCUAAGGAGAUUUAUUCAUAGUUGCAUGGAAUCUGUCAAGAUUGUGGCUGUGUCUCCCAGUAUGCCAUGGUCUAUGCUGUUUACUCAAGUAGUAGUGAGAAAGGCCAGGACAACACCUCUUUGCCCUGAGAUGACAGAUGGAGCAGUCUGAGAAAGGAAGUGGCCAAUGUCUGGAAUGUUGGUCUUAGUAAAGCAGAGGAGACACCAUCCAUGUUCCUUCCAGUCUCUGUUCCACUGCCUUGCUCUGGGUUCUGCGGUUGAAGAAUGAGGAUACACUAUUUGACCUUGAAGCCUUUCUCUGACGCUCAUACAUCCUACUGAUAGAGUCCAUCCAGAUUCACCGCAGGGAGUGGUGCUGUACUUAUCAGCACCACUGUCUUGUUCACAGUUUAUCACCAACCUCAGCAACCAUGUCUGAGACAUAGUAGAUAGCCAGUACUUUUUUUAAAUGAAUGAACAGAGUAAACAAGAAAGAGUCACCAUGAGAUUUACUAGUCCAGUGAGCUUACUGUAAGGACAGUGUAAAUAUUCACCAGCCCUUACUAUUCUGUCCUAAAGCUGUCCCAUCCCACCUCUGCACCAGUGGAAGAAUAUCUGUCUAUCUGGACAGUCAAUGAAUGGCAGGUCUGUGAUGUCCUCUGUAGGUGGGCAGAAGACAAUUCUGUUUUCUGGGACAUCUCCUUUGCCAAUGAUCUCCUCUUCCAUCCUUCACUGAGCGCUAGAAAUUAAAACCACCAAACAAUAUCAUAUGUACAGUCCUCUUCAGCUCAGUCACAACAUUUCCUGGUCAUUAAUAUUCUGCAUUUUAUUACGGUAAGAGUAUUAUAAGAAAAUGGUGCUAUGGCGAAUGACAUCUUUUACCAACCUGUACCUGUGGGCUGGCAUAUAGCCUGCCAUCAGGCCACUUCUUACUCCAAACACUGUGGCAGUCUGAGUGACGUGAGUCUGGACACGCCCCCUGUGCCCUUCUUCUGUAGCUAUAGGUGGCCUUUAGUAUUCUGAGACGGAAGGUUCCUACUUCAUAACACUGAUCUGAUCUUUCCUUCUCAUUCUCAGAACAGCUGUCCUCAGUUCAACUGUGUUUGGAACGUUAACAUACUAAUGGGUUUUAAACGACUUUCAAAAUGUGAUUUUUAAAAAUGACUGGAGGAUUUGUCUGAUAAAACAAAUAGAAAGGAAUAUGUCUCAGAUUAUGUCUCAUUGGAUUUUCAUGUUUUAUACAAAAAGAAAAGAUUGAUAACCUAUCUUUAGAAAUAUUAAUGUUAGUUCUUUCCGAUUUUGUUUAGCCUUGAAGACGGUUUUAUUUAACUUGUGAACUGGUUCCUUUGUUAUGACAUGAUUAUUCCAAUUGGAGGGACAAAAUAAAAUAAAAUCUUUCUAAAACUA